UCGUGACCGUCCGGUGCUGAGCAGGUGAUUAGCUCAGAGAAGCUCCUCCUCAGUCUGCUAGAAUACACACCAACUUGGAACAGCCGCAUAUCAAUAUAAGGGUUUUGCUGGACAGUAACUAUUAAGAUGGACACCUCAAAACUUCCUAAAAUCCAGGAUGAGGAGCGAGAAAGCCGAUUUGGAUUUGUACAUGGAGUUUCUGGACCAGUGGUGACAGCGACUGCCAUGGCUGGAGCUGCCAUGUAUGAGCUGGUUCGUGUCGGUCACAGCGAGUUGGUGGGAGAAAUCAUCCGUUUAGAGGGGGACAUGGCAACUAUCCAGGUCUACGAGGAGACAUCUGGUGUGUCUGUGGGUGAUCCUGUCCUCCGGACGGGGAAACCCCUCUCUGUAGAGCUGGGGCCGGGUAUCAUGGGCUCCAUCUUUGAUGGUAUCCAGCGUCCACUAAAGGAUAUAAAUGACCUCACUCAAAGUAUCUACAUCCCCAGAGGAGUAAACAUCGGUGCUCUUAACAGAGACAUCAAAUGGGAGUUUUCUCCAAGCCAGAACCUUCGGGCUGGCAGUCAUGUGACAGGUGGCGAUAUAUAUGGCAUUGUGUUUGAAAACUCCUUAAUCAAACACAAGUUGAUGCUUCCACCUCGGAACAGAGGCACCGUCACCUACCUGGCCCAACCUGGGAACUACGACAUUUCUGAUGUGGUUCUGGAGCUUGAAUUUGAAGGCAUAAAGGAGAAGUUCACCAUGAUGCAGAUGUGGCCAGUACGACAAAUCCGUCCCGUAACAGAGAAACUACCAGCCAAUCAUCCGUUGCUAACUGGCCAGAGAGUUCUUGAUGCACUUUUUCCAUGCGUGCAGGGUGGAACCACCGCUAUCCCCGGGGCCUUCGGCUGUGGAAAGACUGUCAUCUCCCAGUCCUUGUCCAAGUACUCCAACAGUGAUGUCAUCGUCUAUGUCGGCUGUGGAGAGCGUGGGAAUGAAAUGUCUGAAGUUUUGCGAGAUUUCCCUGAGCUCACUAUGGAAGUUGAUGGCAAAGUUGAGAGCAUCAUGAAGAGAACAGCACUAGUUGCGAACACAUCCAACAUGCCUGUGGCUGCCAGAGAGGCCUCCAUUUAUACAGGGAUCACGCUGUCGGAGUACUUCAGAGAUAUGGGCUACAAUGUGAGCAUGAUGGCCGACUCCACGUCUCGAUGGGCUGAAGCUCUGAGAGAGAUUUCUGGAAGACUGGCUGAAAUGCCUGCUGACAGUGGGUAUCCGGCCUACCUGGGCGCCAGGCUGGCCUCCUUCUACGAGCGAGCUGGCCGUGUCAAGUGCCUGGGGAACCCGGAGAGAGAAGGCAGCGUCAGCAUCGUUGGAGCUGUGUCGCCCCCUGGUGGAGACUUCUCCGAUCCCGUCACCUCAGCCACAUUGGGAAUUGUUCAGGUUUUCUGGGGGUUGGAUAAGAAGCUGGCUCAGAGAAAACACUUUCCUUCUGUAAACUGGCUCAUCAGCUACAGCAAGUACAUGCGAGCUCUGGAUGAAUAUUAUGACAAACACUUUCCUGAGUUUGUCCCUCUUCGGACAAAAGCAAAGGAGAUUCUGCAGGAGGAGGAGGACCUGGCUGAAAUUGUGCAGCUUGUAGGCAAGGCUUCUCUCGCAGAGACUGAUAAAAUUACUCUGGAGGUUGCUAAACUCAUUAAAGAUGACUUCCUGCAGCAGAACGGUUACACCCCCUACGACAGGUUCUGCCCCUUUUAUAAGACUGUUGGCAUCCUGUCAAACACGAUAGCGUUCUACGACAUGGCCAGACAUGCAGUGGAGACAACGGCUCAGAGCGACAACAAGAUCACCUGGGCCAUGAUCCGGGAACACAUGGGAGACACUCUGUACAAGCUCAGCUCCAUGAAGUUCAAGGACCCUGUUAAAGAUGGUGAAGCUAAGAUCAAGGCGGACAUGGCCCAGCUGCUGGAGGACAUGCAGAACGCCUUCAGGACUUUGGAGGAAUGACUUCCCUGCCCCUCAUCUCUCAAGCCCUGUUGCAGUGUGACAGUGCUGGUUGUCUGGCCCAUGUUUGAAUAUCUGCCUCAGUCAUAUGAACUCCUGUAUUCUUGUGUUUACAUCCCCUUAAAGCAUUCCAUGACCCUCACAGAUUCGUAUUAUGAUUAGUUGUUUUUUGACAAUCAUGGAAAACCAUACAACUGGAAUGUCAGCAACAAGAACAAAAGCAUAUUGCUGUGCAGACACAGCAACCUCAUCUCAGCAUGUUACACAGCAUUUACAGAUCAGGGGCCUCAUUUAUAAAAGAGUGUGUAGGAUUCAUACUAAAAGUGCACGUGAGCCCAAAAGCCGAAAAUGGCGUGCUCAAAAAAAAAUCUGGAUUUAUAAAACCGUGUGCACGCACACUUGCACGCAUGUUCGCUUUAUAAAUCACAUUCCAGCUGGAAGGUUGCGCAGGUGAAUUUGCCUCAUAUCCUGCCCUCUACACGCCCACUUUUUACCAUAUAUGGUGAAUGCAAAGCACCUGGCGACUGUAUUUGCAUAUGAGUGAACCUGCCGAGCAACUGUGUUUUACACUCAAAAAUCACGGCAGGGAAGACCAGAAAGCGAAAUUUUGCGGAGACUGAGUUCGAGAUGUUGUGGAUGAGGUGGAGGCCAGGAAAACAACAUUAUUUGGUGGUCACAGUAAUGGCAUCACUAACAAAAAUAAAGCGAGUGAGUCGCCUGCCAGAACCUGAUUUCUGGCCGCGGGAGCGCGCACAGCAGCCUGUUGAGCGAUAGCGCUGAAACGUCAGAUUUUCAUAUUAUGAAGCUCAAGAAUGAGAUCAAAUCAUAUUUAGGUAGAAACAACCUUUCAUUAACUGUAUUUGGCCUUCAAUCAAUUUUUGGCAGGUGAAAAGACCCAUUUUCAGGGGAGAAAUCAGAUUCUGGCAGGCAAUCACUUUUUGGCACGACACCGGCACGGCGUGCAGGUAGGAUGAUUUGACAGAUGAAAAUACCCCGUCAGAUCACGCUUCCACAUAGACAUCAACAUUUAUCUACAGUAUGUGGAAGCGUGAUCUGACAGGGUAUUUUCAUCUGUCAAAUCAUCCUACCUGCCAAUAUCUAUGUGGAAGCGUGAUUUGACAGAUUUUUUCUUCCGCCGAAGCGUCGUACACAUAGAUCUAUGUGGAAGCACAUUCUGUCUUCCUGCUGUUAAAUCGUCUAUUUGCAUGAAAAAGCCUUUGAAAAAAAAGAAACUGAGAUAAAAGAAAUGGGGAUCGUACGGUAGUAUUUUCUGCCGAGGCAGAACACCGGCUUGGAUGUACAUGGAUGUACAUGGAUCUAUCUGGUCUGGUAUGUGAUGACAUACCAGACUUAUAUGAAUCUGGCUUCAUUUUCAACCUUUGCGUAGAAGGUGGCGUGCGCAUCUUUCAAGCCCUGUUUUGUGCGCAAGCAAGCUUUAUAAAUGAGGCCCCAGCACACUAUGAUGUGGUGUUUAAUCUGGAGAAGGGAGGGGGGGGGGGGGGGGUCAAGUCCUGCACAUGCACUUAAGUACUAUCAGCUGCAGCAAAGAGUGGAACUAGUUGUUUCUUGUCCCCCAGGUGGGACUGAUCAGUGCAGAUCAUUAAAUAGAAACAUACAAAUGGAUAAAGGGACAGAGUACUGUGCUUCACUGAGGAGGAGUUUAAAGCAUUCUUCCACCUCUUACCUCUUAGGUGUGAUCGCGAUGUUCUGGACUAUAUACUUGAUAUAAUGUAUAAAAUUGUGAAGUAAUGAAUCUUAGUUUGUGUUAUAGACGUGUCUCUUCAUUGUUAUUCAUGGUAUCUUACCGUUUCCUUGAAUAAAUGAACACAAAUGACUGAACAUACAGUAUUAGUCUCAGAAAUACUUUAAUCAUCGCAAUGUAUAAAAAUAUUUGACCUUUCUGAUGUACUUAGUGGUUUUGUCGUUGGAAUUCCAUUUUCUUUACUGCAUAGUAUAAUUUAUACCAAUACUUUUUUAUUUUCCUGAUUCAUAACUGUUCAAACUUGAUGUCUUAACCUAUCUUAAAUCAGGUGUUUGAAGCAUUUUCACGAAGACAUGUUAAUGCGGUAAAGGACUCUACACCGCAUGGGCGCA